UUAUGCUGCUGUGGGACCCGGGCCGUUCUGGCGCAGUGCCUUCAUUUCCCAGAAUACAUUGCUUCUUUUGAUUCCGCCAUAUUGCCUUCGCCUGAACGCGCUUACUGGAUCGGUUCGGACCUUCAACUGAAAAUUGUUGCAGUGAUGACUCAAACAGUUCAGACCAAUGGGGUUCAACCCCUGAGUAAGACCUGGGAACUGAGUCUGUAUGAGCUACAGAGAACUCCACAGGAAGCUAUAACAGAUGGACUGGAGAUCGCAGUGUCACCCAGGUCCCUACACAGUGAACUAAUGUGUCCUAUCUGUCUGGACAUGUUGAAGAACACAAUGACAACCAAAGAAUGUCUGCACCGCUUCUGUGCUGAUUGUAUCAUCACAGCUUUGAGAUCUGGUAAUAAAGAGUGUCCUACCUGCCGUAAGAAGCUGGUGUCCAAGAGGUCCCUUCGGCCAGACCCUAACUUUGAUGCACUGAUUAGUAAGAUUUACCCCAGCCGUGACGAGUACGAAGCCCACCAGGAGAGAGUGUUAGCUCGAAUAAGCAAACACAACAACCAGCAAGCACUGUCCCACAGCAUAGAAGAAGGGCUAAAGAUACAGGCUAUGACCAGACUGCAGCGAGGUAAAAGGCACACAGUGGAGAAUGGCAGCGGCGCUGAAGACAAUGGAGACUCCUCCCACUGCAGCAACGCUUCUGUCCACAGCAACCAGGAGGCGGGUCCAAGCAUCAAACGGACCAAGACCAGCGACGACAGCGGUUUGGACAUGGACAAUGCUGCUGAGAAUGGGGGUGGGGACGCUGUGAUGGAUGGUGGCGCAAGUGAAAUAGAACUGGUGUUUAGGCCACACCCCACCCUUAUGGAGAAGGAUGACGGACACAACAGCAUGGAGUUUGUACCUCGCUAUAUCAAGACGUCAGGCAACGCCACGGUGGAUCACCUGUCCAAAUACCUGGCCGUCCGACUGGCUCUGGAGGAGCUGAGACGAAACACAGAAGCCAGUCCUGUCAACGUGGAGGCAGCGUCAGAGAAACAGUACACCAUAUACAUCCCCACCGCUGGAAACCAGUUCACUGUUCUAAAUGGGUCAUUCUCUCUGGAGCUGGUCAGUGAAAAAUACUGGAAGGUGAACAAACCCAUGGAGCUCUACUUUGCCCCCACUAAAGAACACAAGUAGACACACAGACACUGGCAGGAGGUCAGCAGAAGGACAGAAACGAGAAGGGCAGCGUGUGUGACGGAGACGAGGACUCUUGUAAAAAGAAAAGCCCUUGUUUUAUAUUCUGUGUCUCUCUGUGUCUCUUUCUCUCAGUAGAAGGUAGCAGGUCAGUACAUCGGAGGUGAUGGACGUCUGACAGUGACUCAAAACAAGGGUCAUCUAACAAAGAGCUGUUUUCCAAGUACAAAAAUGUUUGUUUUCUGCAAAGGCCUCUUUUAUACUUUGUGAGUUUUGGAUCAUUGUACGUUACUUGACAGUGAAGACCACCUUUGCCAGUAUUACAACUGGGCCUUCUGUUACAACCACAUUCAACGAAUUAGCAACUGACCGAACCAUGAAAAAGGCUCCUAAUGAACCCAACGCUGUAAGUGUACGCGUCCCGUCGUGGACCCCAUGUAGGAUGAAUCUGACAAACUCCAGCCUGGUUUCAGUUCUGCACCACCUAGUUAUGGUGUAGAAGACUUGUAUUUACAAGGAGGUUCCACUAGUAUACUCCACCAAAGUCUGUUUUUUAGGCAUCUCUGAAUCAACAAAACAACGAUGUUACACUGAAAAGGCUCCUUAAUUCAAAUUACAAGCUUGGAGCUUCUCACCUGGCCUGAAGACUUCUGUCGCUCAGAAACCUCCUCGUCUGCCUCCUUAGAUCUUGUGUUUGUGACCUGCUUGGACUGAGGCCCAACGGUUGUUUGAAGGCUGCACGUGUUCCUUUUGACGAGCAGUGGGCAGUGCAAGGAAUCCUAAUUAUGCUGAAGAUUGAAGCUAAUUUGAAGCUAAUUGUUUUGUUUAUGUCCCAGUAAUGUUCUCAGUGCUGUCUUUUCUUUCGUUUGUCGUAUUUCAAAUAAAAGGAGAAAAUUGUUAAGA